AUGGAAACUAAGCGAUUGUUCAUAGGCGGACUGUACAGUGAUAUAACAGAAGUGGACCUUAGGUUUGUUGCAUUGAACAAUGGCCUGAUAUGUUUGACAUAGAAAUAACCUUUUUAGACACUUGCGUUUUCAAAGGCAACAGAUUAAUGCGAAAAAUAAUAGAUGCUAGACCUAUGCACACAUUUAAAGCCUGCAACUGAGAUAUUUCCAUACACACACUUUCUAUCUUCCUGACAUGUUACAGUCAAACCAGGUCAAGCGUUCCCGUCGCUAGCAAACUAAUGAAUUCAUUAAUGGAAAAAUGAUUUCGUUUGUUGAUUCAAUAAUCCAUUCAUAAAAUGAAUAAUCCAACAGUCAAAUUGGACCUCGAUUCAAUAAUUAAAUGUUGAUUUGGUUUAUGAACAAAAUCUACCUGUUUUUUAUUCUUGUCUGUUGAGUUCAAUCGUAUUUGCUUCCCUUUUCCUGCCGUUUACGAUUGCGUUUUUAAUUGCCUUUAAUCAAAAUAACAGCUAGAAGAGACAGACCGCAAACGCAAAGAAACUGACAAAGGCCGGGGAUCGAAAUCCACCGAUCACCGCACAUACACUGACCUCAGUUUGACUAUCGUGUUUUCUAAGAGGUCAGGUCUGUUGAACUGAUUGGCGUACAUGUCACUGUUUGUUUGGGUUUGAACUUCAGAACUCGCCCGCACUCGACUCUUAGAAAAAAAGAAGAAAAAAAGUGUAGUUUUUUAAAAAACAGUAAUCGAAUCAACAUUCGAUUAUGGAAUCGAGGCUAAAUAUGAAUAUUGGAUUGUUCAUUUUAUGAAUGGAUUAUUGAAUCAACAAACGAAAUCAUUUUUCCGUUAAUGAAUUUAUUAGUUCGUUAGUGACGGGAACGCUUCACCUGGUUUGACUGUAAUGCCUCUCAUCCAAUCAGGAAAACUGAUUGGAGUAAAAGAUAAAGUUAUAGGUGCUUUAGCGAUUGAAAAAGGAAGGAAAGGAAACCCAUGCCAUGUAACUUUUUUCAGCAGGAUAUAAAAACACCAUUUUCUAAGUGAUGAUUAUAAACUAUUUGAUCUGUUUGUUUAGUCUUUUGGCCUUAGUUGUUAGCCUUUUCUAUUUUUUGCUUAAAAGUUUAGUCUCAAACUUUCAAGUAGUGUUAGUAACUGUUACAGUAUGGCAGUAUUUCUGUGGCUUAACAUGCACUGUUAAAGUUAAACCUUCUUUUUUCACUGUGACAUGUACACAGAGAUCGUUUCAAGUCAUUUGGAAAUGUACUGUCUGUUGAAAUUAAAAGAAGAACUGAUGAGAAAGGUAAGUUUCAUUUUUCAUGCUGCUGAAAAGAGUAACAUGUAUUAUUAUUCAACUUCACUCAGCAGAGUACAAAUAACACCCAAAACGAGUACAAAUAUCUCUGUAUUUGUACUCCAGAUGACCGGUUUGACCAGUUUUCUACAAACGUCGGGCAAGGCAGAAAAUGCAUCAUUUCCCGAAAUUGUAAGGUUGAAUAAAACCGUGUCUUUAGAAUAAAGUUGCCUCAACAAUGAAAUGUCACCAUUUGUUAGAAAAUGGUCAGAACAUACAAACAUCAUGUUAAAAUACAACGACAGAGAAGUUCAAAAUAAACCUGAACGUGUGCAUGAGAUGCAUGGUGAUGGCGACAAUCCAUGACACAAACAACGUUGAUUAAAUACAAAUUAAUCCCAUCAAGGAGCUUAACAGUCUUCACUUGUAGUCCUUUUAAAAUUUGAGGAAACUCGAUAUGGAAGACUUUAGAUGUUCUCCAAAGACUUUUUAAAACGUUAGUACUAAACACGACAGAGAUGAGGUUUCAAGUCUGUUGUUUACGAGAAGCACUUUAAAACUCCUUCAGUUCGUGGGAGUUUUUUAUUCUUUCCAUCACAAUUUGCUCUGCUCAGUGCACCUUCUUGCAGUUGGUUUUACAUAAGAACCAGAAGACAUGGUCAUAAGCCUCACAAUAUUUGUCACUCCAUUUCUGUAUUCCUAGCAAAUGUUUGAAAGCACCAUAGAAAACCCGAGAAAUCUGUCAAAAUUUGAUUUGCUGAGUAAGCUAGUGUGACAAGUUUGCAUUUUAGACGAAUCAGGAAUAUAAAGUGCGCGAAAACUGGACUUGCAAAGGAGUCACAUUAAUCAGUUACGCAUUCUCGUUCUACAUAUUUACUGAGUUCUCUUUUAAAACAUGUAUCUCGUGUUGAAUAAUAAAUCUUUUAUUGGACGGUUUACCGUGUAGUAUCGUGGGAUAUUUUUACUCGUCUCUUGUAUUUUGACUUUCCCUAUGGGCUCACCAAAAUAUGGCAUUACUCAUAAAAAUAUCCCAUGAUACUACACACUAAACUGUCCAAUAAGAUAUAUAUAUUUAUGGGAAUAUUUGUUUUGCUACAUUGUGCUGUAUGAUCACUUCUCAAACUCAUUAAUAAUUCAUAAAGAAAAUAAAAAGAAAAUUAAUGUUGAAUGAGUGUUUGGAAAUCAGCUGAAAAACCACUCAUUUUUGCAUCGUUAAUUUCUCCUCCUAAAAUCAUUUUGUUUGAGAAGUAACAUCAAAGCAUUCAACAGUUUGUUUCAUCACCAGCUGAAAUACCUCUAAGUUCGUCCAAAAUAUUCUGCUGCGCGUCAUAUUUUCAAUUCUCUUCUUGGUGUUUCACCUGGUGAUGAAACAAGUUGCAUGCUUCCCAUGCUUGAUAUAUUACAUCCAAGUCAUUCUCCCACUCAGUGACUAUCAAAUUAUGGUAACUUUUUUUUUUUUAUUAUUAUUUUUAUUGCAACUGUUGCAAAAGAAAGUUUAAGUUAGCCGGGGCUAGUCAGCUACAUUUUAACAAUUUUUUUGAAAUUCAAAUUACAGUCUGUUCAAUCUGCUCAUCAAAACGGUUUUUGGGCUACCAAUUUGGGCUAAAAUGUUACUUAAACUUGCCGAAUAAUAAAAUGACUUUCUUUGCACCCUGAACUGUUGUUUUGUGUUUAAGUUGCCCCAGCCAGUCAGCUACAUUUUAACAAUUUGAAAUUAAUGUCUGUUAUGUUAUAAACUUCCACCAAGGAAGUACUUCAUGCAAUAAUAAUCUCACUUCCAGCAGAUGUGGCUGUACAUUUAAUGCAGAGUUAUGCCUCCGUCUAGUUAUGACCACAUCUUGCAAGUCACUGCUAUGCCAAUAUUACACAUACACUGUAGUUUAGUUGUGUGGUUAUUUACGAAACUGUGUGAUUUGAAGUCCCAAGUUUAAAGCUGCUGUCAUUCACAGUCAUAACUUAUUUGACAACUCCAUAUUACCGGUACUGUCUUUGAGAGGCGUACAAAGCUGUUACUGUUAAUAUUGUUUGUGUGGGCUUUUUAACCCUUUAAGCCUUAACAUCAACAUACAUCUUCUCCACACUGUUCUUCAUACACUCCUUAUGGUACUGCUCGAGAGAAUUUGUUCUAACAUCACCACAGUUCAUCUUUGGUGAUCAUUUCAUUAAUUCUCAUGACCUGUCUGUUUGAUUAGGCAGUGUUAUUGUUGCGGGAGAAAUUGAAUGUGGGUCACUAUAUAUUAGGGCUUGGGUUAACUUUCUGAAUGUGGUCUGUUUUUAUGCAGGUUGCUCACUCAAGACAUUUGCUUAUCUUGACAUGAAGCUAACAGAUAGUAACUUUAAGAGAUGUAAGUAUGCGUACACAAAUUUCUUUCUUUCUUUGUUUCUUUUCUGCACCUUUUUUAUGCCCUGUGUAGCGGUUCACUUCAUUUGAGUUUAAAGAGAUUCCCCAAUUUCCCCAAACCCGUACUAGGGUUUUUAGUAGUCUGAACAUUCAAGGUGAGGGGGCAUUCAAAUACUCUGUGAACAUUAUUUUGUAUGUUUGUUUGAACUUUGGGGGAACAAGGCUGGUGCUGCUGUGAGAGCAGUUGCCUGCCACAAAAAUAACCUAUAAUACUUGAAUCCCCUACAAAGGCAACAUCAUAUUUGGGUUGUAGUUUGCAACUGGUUCUGAAAUUAAACAACAAAGCAACCAACUUAUGUACUGAUAGGUAAAGAACACAUUAAUAAGUGAUGAAGAUUUGACCUGAAAUAAUCAUAUUAUGUUCAUUGUUUUAGUUUGAGUAGAGAGCUUGAAAUUCAGUAUUUUGUUUAGAAAAUAAAGCUUUUUAGAUGACAGUUUUUAGAAAUAUUGAUGUCCUUUUUAUUCCAUUUACCUUAUUGAAAUCACUAAAAUGAAGCCUCACAAAAUACAUGUACUGUCUCGCUAAAAUUUUAAAAUAUCGGAUAUUGUACAGUUCAUGUAAAGAAAAGUGCAGUAUACAAUGUGUGUAGAAAUGUUUUGCUUUUUUUCAAUUGACAGGUGUCUCGCUAUUAAGCAAUUCAAAAUGGAAAGGUUGUUGCUUGAAGGUUCAAGCUGCCAAGGAAAGUUUUCUUACAAGGUAUAGAUACAUGUUUCAAAUUGUAAAAUCCCUGAUCACUUUAGUUGUCUUCUUCAUGCAAGGCUGUGGGGAGUAUUUCUGUUUUAUUUCAGUACUUCUGCACUACUCUCCUGCAGCAUAUAUGUAGGGAUUUUGGCAGUGAGCCCCAAAUCAACCUUGAGGCACUUUAACAUUUAACAAUCGUUCCUUGUGCUUGGCUCAAAAUUUUGAAGGCAGUUAAGUGGCCUAUUAACUGCAAAUACAGUCGACUCCUGAUAAAAUCGAAAAAAGGUUCGAGUUAUCGGGGGUUCGAAGACAAUAGCCCGGAGUAAGGUAAAAAAAAAAAUUUACUGCACAGUGAACAUUUUAAUCACAUUUAAUUGUAGAAAUGUCAAGUGAAAAUUAAAAAAAUACUUCUAGAUUAUAAAUCAGAAUGUAAUGUAACAAAACAUAGCCUAAAUAGAGCAUGCAUUUUACUGUUUUGAGAAGAAAAGCUGCUUCACGUUAGCCGGUAACAAUCAACAUCAGCCUCCACUAGUAAACACUUACUAUACUCCUACAACAUGUCAAUAGGAAAUCCAAAAUUCAAAGUUUCGGACGCCAGUAGACGGCUUUUUUCCCGACUUUUUAACCCAUUCGCCCCUCAAAACAUGGUUCGGAUCCACGUCCUUUCGACCCUUUGGGUCAUCAUUUUAACAAAAAGGACCUUUGUCCGCUAACUUGUGCAAACGAAAAUCUUUCAAACCAUACCAGAAUGAGCACAAUUCAGUCAAGGACACCGGAGGAAGAGGCAAAAAACCAUGUAACAUUGACCUGAAAAUCUCCAUGAAAAUCUUGUUCCGUUGCCCACCUACCUUUCCUUUCACCUAAUCCUAAGAUCCUAAAAGCUUUCCUAAAAACUAUUCCCACCAAAAUGAAGCCUACUAAAUGCCCAGCCAGAGAAAAAAAAAUGAGGCAAGAAAAGUGAAAAAAGAGGGGAGGAGAGAAAGCGAAAAGUAAAAGUCAAGACUGCUAUGUCACUUUUAAAACCAAAUUUUGCUUUCUGCGCAUGCCCGAACUUCGCAAGCUGAUAUUUUGCAUCUGGAUCAGAAGGCCAUCAAGUGUACGACCUGUAAACCUACAGACUAGUCAGUUAUCUGAUAGCAGGUAACCAACUAAUCUGUAGGUUGGGCUGAUUUCCAAAAUUAACUGUAGGCUCUUAGCCAAUGAGAAGACAGAUAGUGAGUACGAUGUAUAAUAAUACUACUACUACUAAUAAUAAUGAUGAUGAUGGUGAUGAUGAUGAUAAUACUAAUACACUAAAAAAAAUAACAAUAAUAACUAAUGCUUAGGAGACUUUAUUUCUUUGACACCACAUGUAAGCUGUGAUUUUGCUAUUCUCAAGUAAUUUCUCAAGUUCCAUAGCAAGUAAGGAUGUGUGAUUGGCAUUGUUAACAAAAAUAAUGAACUAGACAAUGAUGACACCACACUCUUAAAACUUAAGAUGGGAAGAACGUAAGAAAUUAUGCUUGGAUAGAUGGUCACUCAUGGGAAGUUUGCCCUUAGGAGAAAUGUUGGCACCUUGAGGUACUACUGUAGAUGUAUACUUCAAAAUUAGAGCCACCCUUUACAGUAUAAUAAACAGUACCAUAGGAAGGAUAUGGCGUCAUUAACACGUUGCAUUUGACUGGUCACACCAAUAGUCUCUUAUACAGGCUAGAACCACUUGGUACAUGUACGUACAUUACAGUCAGGGCAGGUGAAGAAUUUAGUGUACCCCACCCGAAGAUUCUCAGCAUUACUGAAUUGAUUAGAUUUUGAAAAAUGAAUCGGUUAGUCAUUCCCAUAUAAACUAGUGCCAAAUUCAAAUCAGCAUUUCAGCAUGUAUAAUGAGCAGUGAAUAUUUUACUAGAACUUCUCUGUGUUUGGUCAGAUUGAAAAUCUUUAAAUGGAUAAAAUUGCUUCGAAGACAUUUACACCAAUUAAGGGAAACUGAGUGGGCAGAAAAUUUCACAACUGCCUUGCAUGUGAAUUCCCGGAUCAUUAUGUAUGCAGGAUUGUAGAAAUGAAUCUGAAAUCUAAAACUACUAACGGAUUCAACUUUUGAUUAGUAAAUUCAUCAAUGGAAUCUUGGGGGGUUAGCUUGACCUGGUUUGACUGUAAGUAAUAUGUAAUAUUACCACAGGAAACAGUAGCUUCCACUUCACUACACACGUACAAAUAUGUAAAAUUAAUUUUGUUUUUAUAAACGCUCUAUUAGGCUGAGAUAAUUUGGUUUUCUAUCCAUUCAAGAAAUUUUGGUACCCAGGUUACCAAAUUUUGGUAGUCAGCACCGCAGGCACAAACCAAUGUGAAAUGCCAUACUUACUAGUUAGUGUGGGUUCCCACAAGCUGAUAUUACACAUUCAUGUUGUGCCGACCCGUCGAGGGUACGUGGCUUUUUCUUAAAUUCUCCGCUGACAAGUUCCUAGUUUUCAACUGAUUGCAGGCUCAACUCCAAGUGGAUUCUUUUUAGGUUAAAAGUUUAUUGUUUAAAGUAAAUGAUGAAUUUAUCAACAGGAACUUCACCUUUAGCCUUGGCCAAAUCUAUAUAUUAGCUUUGGUUUUUAUGACACGUUUUCACGGCAACUUUCUUGUGUUCAAUUUUACACUUCAGGCUCGAACGAGAGAGACAGCAGCAGCACAAUCUCUCCAAUGCCACACCCUUGGAUAAAGCAACUACGACAAAUCCAAGGGAGAAACGCCAUAAAGAAGAAAUGGAGGCCGUCCCUGACACUCUCCCAAAAGCGGUUCCGGGUACUCCUCUUCCAGGAAAGAAGAACUGGGUUGUGGGAAAGUUUGGGCGUGUGUUGCCCGUUGUGUACAUAAGGCGCAAGGACAGGAAGAAGAUAACAAAGUUCGAUCCGAGUAAGACAACACAUUGCUUAAAGAAAAUAAAUCUUGAAGAUUCAACUAAGAGUGUGGCAGGCUUGACAUGGGAUUUGCAGCUGGAAAACGAUAAAGACAGUGUUAAAGGUAGAUCAGCAAUGGUGAAAAAUGAGGGAGAAACAAAAAUGAUGGUAAAUGAACAGAAAAAGAUACGUUUUGGUGCAGAUGAUAGUAUGUUGCAUAAAAGUUAUGUUGAAAAACCCGGGAAGAAAUACGCUGAGAGAUUAAAUGGUUCAAAUGAUGUUACAUUUGAAGACGCAAAGCUUUCAGGCUCAAGUGAUAGCAGUGAUGUGGAAUCUGAAUCGUUUGAAUCAUCUGAAUCGCCUUCAGAAUCGGAUUCAAAUCGUUCUUAUGUAAAGGAAACCGAAGUUAAAGCGGUGAGUGAGUCUGACGGUAACGUUUCACGCCCGAAAGUAACAACUUCACGUUCGCCAAAGGAGAAAGACAAUUCGUCUAUGUUGCGCAAAAUUCCACCAAGGAAUACAGAGGUAGUUUCAGACCUCAUCAAUGCAUCUAAAAGCUCUGCUAGCUCAGAGAUACGGAUGAGAAAGGAUGAUAGGCCUCAUGAGGUAUUCCUCAGCAGUGAUGUAUCGCCAAAUAAUGACUUCCUUGAACAGACCAAUUCUAUAGCGAGUGAUAGACAAUCUUCGGACAGUUCUGAUGAAACGACAGAUAGCGACUUGAAUAAAAGGAUUCGCAUUUCUUUGGAACAUGAUGACGAAAGCAGCAACGAUAGUUCAAGUGAUAGUGAAACUGAGAACAAGGAAAUUACAAAUCAUAUUACCGUAGUAAGCAAGGACCGUGUGUGUAAUAUUAAUUCUGGGCUUCGUACGAACACAAAGUCGCCCCACAUAGUUUCCGAUGAGACAACAGCGCAAUCUCUUGUAGUGAAGGACGUCCAGCCACAGGUUACCAAAGAUACGUCGAAAAAGAAGAUGUCAAACGAAAAGCGACUCGAUGCCUUGGAAGGUAAAAAGAAAAAUGUUCUGGCUCAGAGAAACACAAUCAAAGAUGCGCUAAAAGAUUUAGACAGGAGCACGCGUGAUGGAAAGAACCACAUUAUCUUUGGUGACAGUGAUGAUGACGGUGAAGAUGGAAGUAGCUCAAUGGAGAAAGCUACUUAUUCUUUGGGUGAAAAGGUUGGGGUUUUCUUAAAGAGUACGCGUUAGGCGCAGUGGCCUGUGUUGCAAGUGUUUUCGUGUGGCAGGGUGCAAACGGUUGGCGGAACAAGAAUUUGUGCCCUCGUCCCAACUACAUGUAUACGCUUUUGUCGCUCAGGAGCGCUUUGCAACGCAGGCUAUCGACAGAGCAUCUGGCAAAGGGUGAGCGCGCGAUCCCGCACUAUCGACCAAAAAUCGCACUAUUUUUCACUAAUAAUUGUUGUUGUUGUUGUUGUUUUUUCACACUAUUUCCCGCACUUUUUGGCAAAAUCUCCGCCCUAUUUUCCAUUUUUGUUUUUCGCACUCUACCAGAUGCCCUGUAUCCACUGCACGUAGUUUUCGACAUCUUAGUAAAUGAAUGUCAGUUUACGUUCAUAUUUUAUGAGCAGGAGUUCCCAGAAAAGCAAGCCCUUUUUGGGGGGUAACAUUUUUCAUUAUUCCGAUCAUCUUGUCAUUUUCACAGGCGUUGUCUUCGUUGCUUUCAACCCUCCUUUUCAUUUGUCAAAUUUAUUCAAUUACUUUUUCAUUUUUUGUUUUUAUGUGUGUUGCCAAAGCUGCAACUUCAGCAACUGUUUUUCCACCCAUUUCUGUACUGGAUACGUUUUCAUCCAAAGCUCCCAAUUAGAUCGUCAUUAUCCAACCACAGUCGUGAAGACGCAAAUAAAUUGUUUUGGGUUUCUGGUAGAACACUAGUACAUGCACGUACAGCUAGACUACAGAGAUUGAUGGUAACUAAUGAACUUUUUUUAUUAUUGCCUCCUACAUGUAGGUUUCAGGUUCCAAAGCAAGUUCUUGGCUUGGAUUAGACAGUGACACUGAUGAAGAUAAUGUAAAUGACAGUGGCAAUGAAAACAGUCAAAUAGUCACAGUGAAACCCCAUUUUGAGGGAAAGGCUGGUGAAGAGGUAUGGAUCCAAUUUUUACAAUAACUGAGCGAUUUCUCGUGCACUGAUUGGUCGAGAGCUAUGGUCGAUUAGGGUACAGACCAUAGUGCAAACUGUGCAGUCAACACACUCCCCUGCAGCUCGUGGUUCCACUUGAGUUUUGACUUGAAAAGUUAUUGUCGAUUUGUUAACUGUACUUUUUUUAGACCUUAAAUGUAAUUUGAAAGCUCUGUUCAUGGCCAGGAUCAUUAUUCUUUCGUAACACAUUUAGGAGUCAGUAUUGAGUCAUUUCUUUCUAUCGAAAUUAUUGAGUAAGUAAAUAAAUGCCUCUAUUUUACGGCAUUUAAACCAGUGGCUCUGGUUGAGAUCUGAAAGUCAUUCCAGAGUUGAAUAUCUUCUGUUCUUCCAAACAUUAAUUUUGUCGUUAUUUAUUUAUUUAUUUAUUUAUUGGGGAGGCAAGGGUGGGGCAGUGGUUAAACACUGACCUGCCACCAUUACGACCCCAGUUCGAAUCUCGGAAGCGACACUGUGCGCGGAUUGCGUUUGUUCAUGGUUCUCGCCCUUGCUUCAAGAGGCAUUUUCUCGGGUACUUCGGUUUCUCCCUCCUCAUUAACCAAUAUUUCUUAAUUCCAAUUCGCUCACAUAUAUUCACAGCACUCAUACAGUGUAAGUGUGUGUGUAUUUAACGGGCCAUUUUGUUAAUUUUCAGCUUUUUAAACUGCAACGAACGUUUGGAGGAGACAAACGAUUUGAGCUUGAUUCGCGUUUCCUUGAAAGCGAAGAAGAAGACGAAGAUGAUCAUGAUGCGCACACACAAUCUGACAAAGUGGACGAGGAGGGAUCUUCAUCCAAAUACAACAGUAAAGAUGUUACCAAGGAAGUAGAGGAUGGCAUUAGCGCAGAUCUUAAACAGGAAAAGGAGAUGGCGUUAAAAGUUCUCAGCAACCUUUUGGGCGGAGAUUUCAGGGCUGAAUUCAACCAAGGAGGCCAGGAAAAGGAGCCAGAAUUUAGGUAUGUGUAUAAUAUUACUGAAGAGUCUUUUGUUUACGCGACCUGUUGAAACGUUUUGUGAUGGAAAUGGUUUGGAUUACUGUACUUCAGGGAGUACAGAAAUUUUGUACAGAACUACACUCUAAAUAGUGUAAUGUGAAAGUACUGCUGCAGAAGUUUGAUUUGAAAGUUUUCUCCUCAUAGGAAUUUAGCCGCAGACUCAAAAGUUAUAAAUACGUUCCAGUUAGUGCCAUGUGAAAGAUCUGAUGCAUGCGUAAGGUUCAUUUGAAUGGUCGUACCAUAUGACUUCGUCCAGACUCAAAAGUUAGAACUACAUGCCAAUUAGUAUCAUGUGAAUGACCUACUAAUGAGGCUUCAAUUGGAUGGCUAUACCCAAUGAUUUUAACCACAUACUCAAGCGUUAGAACUAAGUUGUAUGUGUAAGAGUUAAAGAGUUAAUUGUUGUCAUUGUUUUUUGUAUUUGCAUUUACCCUACCGUGUGGGAAUAUACAGAGGCUCUGUAACAGUACAUUAUGACCCUGAACGAGAAGACCAUAAGCAGUUUGAGCAAACUACUGCAAAGAAAGACAAGGAGAGAAUACAGGCUGAACCAAGUGCUUUUCAGGUAGUGGAUGACCCGGUGUUGCCCGAAGUGUCGCACGAAAAGUAUUAUGAAGCAAACACGUCUUCACUGGCUGAGCUGUUUGGGAACAAGAAAGAGGUGAGAGCUGUGUUGAUAAAUACUUACGGUUCUUCUAGGAACAAAACUUAACCUACAAAGUAACUGCUUACGAUUUCGACUCAGUGCUUGGCCUCGAUGACUCUGUAGUCAGUGCCUUACCACUUUACCAUAGAAAACACUAUUUACAGUGCGAAACUCUCUGUUUCGUCCGACGAGCGCGCAAAUGUGCGGUGAAUCUGCGAAAGCGCGAACGCGGCGAAGCCCCGGGAAAAGUGAUCCUCGUUAUUUCCGGUUCAUUCUCCUCUUAGCUUAACCGCUCGUCAUUUUCCCUCCUUAACCAAAAUCGCUAGCUACACAGGCCACACUUAUUUAAGGCGCAUUUUAUUUUGAUAUGUCCCGGUCAUUAAUCUGAGCUACCUUUUUCUCUUGCUUACAGAGUGGAUCUUCUUUCAGUUUUCUUCCUCAAGAAACGGAAGAUGACUCUGAUUUAGCUGCUGCGGAUGAAAAACCUGUGGGUACAGCUGAAGAGAUACUAAAGAAUCCAUGGCAAACAACCCAGCUUCCUUAUGACAGCAGUAGCGAUAGCGAUGAUUACAAUGAAGAAGACAUGGGUAUUGACGCUGCUACUGGUAAUGGAGACACUUUAAAUAAAUCGACUUUUCAGCUGAAGGAACUGUUCUUUUUUCAUGCAGAUGAUCCGGAAUUGGAAAACCGCAUCAAUGGUAAGUUGUCUUUGGUCAUUAGCUACAACUCAAUGUUGUGUGCUUUCAAUCAGAAAAAAAAGGCGAGUCCCCUUCUUUUUUUUCUAAAACGGGCUAGACAUACCCUCAAGGCGGAGUCCCAACUUGCCACGAGAGGUUCCUGCGUGUGGCGGGAAAAAGCGAAGACGCCGAGAAUGCACAUUUUGGUCUCCUAACGUUAUAUCGUUUUGUUGCCUUCCACGGUUCUAUGGACGUACGUAUCUAUUUGCACAGUAUAUUUAUCUUCUCUGUUCGGUCACUAGACAACUAGAAAUACUUGUAAGGACGAAUACAGUAUAACCUCUCCUUUGAGACUCCUCUAUUCAAGGGACACCUCCAUUCAGGGGACACAAAAUUUGGUUCCUGAAAAACGCCUACAUAAUCUUUGUAUCUAUUACAUCCUAUUGAACCAAUGAAGGGACACCUCUAUUCAGGAGAAUGGGAGACUUUGUUCUGGGUCCCGAAACCUAUGUUUGACCUCCAUUUCAGGGGACACCUUAGCUCUCAAAAAGUGACUGAGCACAAAGAGGGUUGAUGUCUUUAAGUGUACACUAAUCACAAUUAUGGAGGCUUUUACAAACUGAUCUAUUUCACUUAUAAAAUCGAUGCAGUGUAUUUGUUUGAAGUUAACACAUAAUGUAGAGAUAAGAAAUAAACAGUCUGUGGUCCUCUGUCCUGUAGGUCACGGUGACCUAAGGUCAAAAUACUAGAGGUGAUACUGGUCAUGAAUAUUUAUUUUUCUUUUGUUGGUUAAUUAUUAACAAACCCUAGGGGACAUUUGCCUCGGUCCCAAGGGUGUCCCUUGAAUAGAGGUUCCACUGAACCAUGUUUUCUUACCUAUAAAGCUCCGCUAUAAUGAUAUUUAAGGAGAAUGAGACUGUGCUUUCCACAGUCAAUGUUAUCCGAAGUUUAUUUUUGUGUUUGGUUGCUUCUUUGUAACAGUUUCUAAUGUUCUUAUUUCAGACAAUGACUCGCCGUUUAUGCGGAUAGGGAGCGAGGAAGAUGUUAAUGAAUAUUGGGUAUCAGUUAGGUCUGAACUCACUCAGGAUUACAAACGAAAACGAAAGGAUGCUGUUCGUAGGCAAAACAAGUUAGCUGCUAAGAGGACUCGGCAUAAAUGACAGCUAUUUCUGUUGGCAGUGUGUAGCCAGGAAAAUAACCAGCAAAUUUGCAGUGUCUCUGUGUCGAUUUCCAGGUUUUUCAGUUCUAGAGUUGAGUAUUUCCCCACUGUGUUAAAUAUUUCCGUGCAGUAUUAACCUUUGGCGCCUCAUCCGCAUCACAUAAUUUUGCUUAAAUAAACUAACCAGACAUCUUAUUUUUAAUACAUUAAUGGUUUGGAGGCUAACGAAUGAACAACAAAUGUCCUUUUCCAGGCGCGGAUCUGGAAUAAAUACUAACCGAUUUCCUAAACGAGGGCCGAAGGCGCAAGCACUAUCUAAGGGGGUCUGGGGGGCAGGCUUCCCAAGAAAUGUUUUGGUGUUUAACUCUUUAAGUCCCCUAUCCUGGAUUUUCGAGUCACUCAGGUAGCAUAUUGCCCAGGUUUCAACUUGGAAAGUGUUUUUUAUUAUUAAAAAUGUAUUUAUUAUGAAAAAUCUGACCGAUUUCCGUAAAACGGUGGAAACCGGUGUGGAUCCGCGCCUGUUUUCAAAUAUUCUUUUCUUGAAAUAUCAUUUUCUUGAAGGUGUAGAUUUACAGAGUUGUUCCCGACCCCGCCAUAUUUUGGACCAGAUACCCACUAAAAUAACCAUUUCUAGUUAGUGUUUGGGGGUAAGGCGGUUCCCUUGCCACAAGUCUGCUUUUCCCCUCAGGGGUUUACUUCUAGGAAAAAUGUUACCAGGACGUGUAUGCAGUAAGGCAAACAGUCAUAGCAUGGUGUAUAACUUCUCCUUACUAGGGAAUCCAUUCCAUGUAACUUGAGCGGGC